GCCUACACGAGCGUCUCUGGGGCCGCGUUGCCUCCGGGCUCCGUCGCGGCCGUGGCUGGGGCCCUGAGCGCCGUCGUGUUCCGCACCAAGCUCCUGGACUCCCUGCCCCAGCUCCUGGACGAGGUCUCCGACCUCUCCGACCUCUGCUUCUUUCCUCGCCCCAUGGAGAAGUUGUUCCUGUCCACCCUGGCCGAGCCCUCCAUGCUCCGCUACAGCAUCGCCUUCCCCUUGCUCUGCAGCCACUUCUCCCGCUGCCUCCACCCCAUGUGCCCCGAGGAGCAUCCCCAGCUGAAGGCAGCAGCCCUAGGGAUGUGCGAUGGGUACCUGGAGGAGAUGGCUCGCCGCGCCAGCUCCUGCAUCCUGGAUGCUUGCGCUGAGCAGCACAAGCUCAGCGAGCAGCUGCUGCCCAAGCACUGCGCAUCCUCCCUCAGCAAGGCCCGGGGCAAGAAGAGCCUCAAGCAAGGAGCCAAGAAAGGGGAGACCCAGAGGGAGAAACCCGGGGCUGAGAGCAAGAGGAGGGACCGGAGCCUGAGCACCAACCUGGACAAACUGCACCAGGCCCUGUCCGAGCUGUCCCGGAGCUUCGGCCACGCUCCCGCCUUCAGCGUCUUUGAGCACACGGUGACCCCGGGGGAGUACCUGGCCCGGCACCUGGAGACCCGGCUCAGCCGAGCCAUCGUGGCCCUGGCAGGCUACAACCAAAGCACCCAGGAUGUGACCCGGCCCUCGGAGGUCCUGGCUGGGCUCCGCUCCUACGUGGGCUCCAUCCAGACCUGGGGCCGGGUGCUGGGCUUGGACCCGGGGCGCCUCAUCCGCAGCGUCCUCCUGCAGCAGACGCAGCCCCGGUGGGUCCUGCCCCAUGCCUGUGGCUCGGGGAUGGAGCCGGGCUGGGGGCGAUGCUGCCUGAGCCCGCGGCCCCCUUGCAGGUACCUGGAGGCUCUGCUGCGCCCGGCCAGCACCGGCGCCGUGGUCCUGGCCCCCUCCAUGCAGGCGUUCGCCGUGGGGCAGGGCCAGGGGGAGCUCGGCUUCAACCCUGCUGAGUUCUCGGAUGUGACCGAGAUGCGGGCCCUCGCCGAGCUCCUCGGUCCCUACGGGAUGCAGUUCCUGAGCGCCAACCUGCUGUGGCACGUGGGCUCGCAGCUCUCCGAGCUCCAGAAACUGGUGGUGCAGAACAUGGACGUGCUGCUGCAGCUGCGCGCCCGCUGCCGCCGGCCCGGGGACGUGGGGGACCUGCUGCCGCGGCUCACAUCGGCCGAGAACGUCCUGAAGCGCAUGAUCAUCAUCGGCGAGAUCCUGAGCUUCCGCGCCCUGGCCCAGCAGGGCCUGCGGGAGGUCCUGUCCCAGCACUGCCCCUUCCUGAUGGGCCCCAUUGAGUGCCUGAUGGAUACUGUGACCCCAGAGACCGACAUCCAGGUCACCCUGAGCAUCUUCGAGCUGGCCUCGGCUGCGGGCAUCCCGUGCGAGGUGGACCCCGCGCUGGUCAAUGUCCUCGCUGGCAGAGAGACCGCUGGUUCCUCCCCAGAGGAGCAGUCCAAGCUCUGCUCCCUGCUCCUGCUCUUCGUGGCCGUGGCCCUGCCCCUGCUGGCCUCCGACCCCACAUCCUCCUGCAGCCCCGAGCUGGACGGCUCCCCCAGCAACCUCCACUGCCUGGCCACGGCCAUCGCCCAGCUCUCGGCCGCCCUCUUCACCCUCCACAAGGAGGACAUCGAGGGGCACCUCAAGGACUUCCUGCUGGUGGCCUCCAGCAGCCUCGUGCAGCUGGGGCAGGACACGGAGGGGGUGCGGGCGCGGAGCCGCGACUCCAUCGCCCUGCUCCUGCAGCUGGUGGGUGCCAAGGGGGGGCAGUGGGUGGCACUGGAGGCGGAGUCGCCCUUCGUGAGCCCGCGUCUGCUGCGCUCCUGCGUCCCGGGAGCGCUCCUGCGCAGCGCCCGCAGCGCGGCCGCCAGGGGCACCCAGCCAUGA